AUGGUGGUUGAGGAACAUCCUCAGACCUCUAGGAAGAGGGCUGCAGAUAAACAAAUCAACAAGGACAAUCCUGAGCUUGAUGAUGGCUCACCAGAGCAAGAGGCAAGGACAUUUAAGAAAGCUCGUAAAGAAGUGCUGACAAUCAGAACGACUGUUGAGGUUACAAGCCAGCAGCCACUGCCAGCUCCUUCUUCUAAUCCUUUCUCUGCAAUCAGGUUUACCCCAAGUGAUUCUGGUGUUAAGGGAAGUAUCCCCAUCUCAAAGUCUCCACCUUCUGAUGUCGCGACAACAAAUGUAAAGGGCAGUGGAGCGGGUGACAAAGUCAAUGGUUGCAGCAAUGGCAGUCGAAAAGAUGCUGACAAGAAUGCAGAUUGUAACGAGGCAGCAGAGGUUCAGAAGGAUGAGUCGGGCAUGAAAGAUUUGGAUGCAGAAAAGAAAUCCAAUGUCCCAACUGGAUCAAACUCUCUACUUAUUGGGACUGAUAGCAAGGCAGACAGCACAGGCUUAGGAACUGGUGAGGAUGGAGUGCUGGUUGUAGAACCCAACGAAGAUAGCAGCAAAUCAUGGGGAAUCAAGAGUAAAACAGAAGAUGCGGUUGCUGAAGAGAAAAAGGUAAAUGAGGAUGGACACCUCAUAAGCUCAAAUCCACUGACUUGCUUGAUUUGGCUGGUUUAUGUGAUUUGCUGCUGCUCUAUACUAUUAACAUUGAAUCUAUUGGAUUGUAGGCAUGCUAGAUUUCCCAGUUUCUUGAACAUUUGA